AUGCACGCCCACCGGCUCCCCGUCCUCCUCCUGCAUGUCUGGUGGGUCCUGCUCCAGGCGGGCAUCCCCGCUGUAGUCCCUGUGCCCCUACACACAAGGGAGCAGCCCUCGUCGCCGUCUCCUCUCGCCUAUAUGCUGAGCCUCUACGGCGACCCGCCCCGGGCGGACAUCACCCGCAGCCUGCAGGCGCAAGACGUGGAGGUGGAUGGGCAGAACUGGACCUUUGCUUUUGACUUCUCCUUCCUGAGUCAAAAAGAGGAUCUGGAGUGGGCUGAGCUCCGCCUGCAGCUGUCCAGCCCUGCGGACCUUUCCCCUGAUGUCCCCCUCUCCGUUGAGAUUUUCCACCAGCCAAAGCAGGAGGCAAAUCAGGAACCAGCCGACUGCCUGGAACGUGUUCGGAUGGAACUGUUUACUGUCACUCUUUCCCAGGUUACCUUUUCUUCGGGCAGCGUGAUUCUGGAGGUGACCAGGCCACUCUCCAAGUGGCUGAAGCACCCUGGGAAGCUGGAGGAGCAGAUGUCCAGUUUGGCUAGAGAGUGUCGGCAGCAGCCUCGCACACCACCUGUCAGCAAUGUGCUCCUUCUGCUCUACUCCAACCUCUCUCCCGAGCAGAGGAGGCUGGGUGUCUCCACCUUGCUGUGGGAAGCUGAGAGCUCCUGGCGGGUCCAGGAGGGACAGCUCUUCCGGGAGAGGGGCAGGAGGCAGCCUCGACAUCACGUGCCUGACAGUAGCCAACUGUGUCGGAAGGUCAAGUUCCAAGUGGACUUCAACUUGAUUGGAUGGGGUGCCUGGAUCAUUUACCCCAAGCAGUACAAUGCUUAUCGCUGUGAGGGCGAGUGUCCUAACCCUGUGGGGGAGGAGUUCCAUCCGACCAACCAUGCAUACAUCCAGAGUCUGCUGAAACGGUACCAGCCCCACCGAGUCCCUUCUACCUGCUGUGCCCCAGUGAAGACCAGGCCAUUGAGCAUGCUGUAUGUGGACAAUGGCAGAGUCCUUCUAGACCAUCAUAAAGACAUGAUUGUGGAAGAAUGUGGGUGCCUUUGA